AAGCGCGAGUGACCCGUCAUCCCAAUAAAAGACGAAACACUUCACAAUGAUUUUGGGACCCCUCUGAAUGGAUAUCGACAAUAGUAAAAUAAUAUAUAUAAAUAAACACCUUUAUAAUUAAGACAGGGGGGAAGCUGAGUGAUCAUAAAUGGAGACCCUGUCCAGCCACAGCUCCUACCUCCUACAGCAGCUCCAGGAGCAAAGAAUCCAAGGGCUGCUUUGUGACUGCAUGCUGGUGGUUAAAGGAGUCUGUUUUAAAGCUCACAAAAACGUUCUGGCUGCUUUUAGUUCCUACUUUAGGUCUUUGUUCCAAAAUUCUCCCAGUCAGAAGAAUGACGUCUUUAACUUGGUUAUCCAAGAUGUCAGUGGCAUUGGCCAAAUAUUGGACUACAUGUAUACAUCCCACCUGGACAUUAACCAAGAGAAUGUACAGGCACUUCUAGACAUAGCACAGAACUUACAAGUUCCAAACGUUCAGAAUUUGUGUAAUGCUUUCCUCAAACCUUGCCCCCCACCCGUGGAAAUGCAUUCCUUCACUCUCCCAGGAAUGCUAGGCUCAGAGCACGAUUGCCUUCUGGGAAGCAGCCUGACUCACGAUGUUAACCUGCACUGUCCCACAGAACCUCCACGGCCUAACUUAUACAGUGAUACGGAACACACUAGAAGAAUGCCGGUUUCUUUACCCAACAGCAGCUCUAACUGUGACAUGUCUAGCAGCUCCCAGUCUGCAGAAAAGCCUCUGCACCAUGGAUACAAGCUCCGUAAUUUCUACAGUAAGCAGUACUUCAAGCUAAGUGCAAUUCAGACUAACAAUGCUGCUUCAAAUCAAGUCCCAGGCCCUUUGAUGAUGGCAGAGGAACAAGCGUGUCAGCUCGGAAUUACCCCCAGAGCUAGUGAUACCUCUGUGACUUCAGGAAACCCACUAAGUUCUCAGCCACCAUCUGCAUCGGCAGGAAAGGAUGUCCGUUCUUUAAUGCCCUCAGACAAUUUAAACACUCCUAACACAGAUUUAGCUGAUUCUCUGAGCAAUAAGCCAGUUCGCCCAAAGAAAGCGGUGUAUCUGAAGAAAUAUAAUUACCUCCGCUCUCAAAAGGCUCUUGAGGAAAUGUGCAACAAGUCAGUCAAUGAACCUGUUAUCAGCAGCCCCAUAGAACACCAUCAAGGUGAAUCAGUGGUGCAGACAGAAACCUCAGAAGCUCCCGUUGAAAUCAGCAGCGCAAGGAGAGAGGAGGUUUCAGAGUCAGCAGAGGUCCAGCUCUCCAAUCUGCCUGGAAGCCAAGAUGAGCCAAAUCUGAAGUCUCUGCCAGAGCCUCCACAGCAGCCAGGACACAAGCAGUAUUGCUGUGGGGUCUGUGGGAAGAUCUUCAAACAUCCAAGUAACCUGGAGCUGCACAAGCGCUCACAUACUGGUGAAAAGCCUUUCCAGUGCAGCAUUUGUGGGAAAAACUUCUCACAGGCAGGGAAUUUACAGACUCAUUUGAGGCGCCACUCUGGAGAGAAGCCAUACAUUUGUGAAUUAUGUGGUAAAAGCUUUACUGCAGCGGGGGAUGUUAAUCGUCACAAAGUAGUUCACACAGGAGAGAAGCCACAUCUGUGUGACAUAUGUGGUCGAGGAUUUAACAAUUUGGGCAAUCUGAAGGAACACAAGAGGACUCAUACAAUGGACAAGAUUUACACCUGUGACCAGUGUGGCAAGUCCUUCAACACCCAGAGAAAGCUUCUGAAGCACAGGGUCCGUCAUACCGGGGAAAAAACACACUGCUGUGUCACCUGUGGCAAAUGCUUUGUUGGCUCAGGAGAUCUGCAGCGGCACAUACGAUCACACACUGGAGAGAAGCCCUACAUCUGCAGCACUUGUGGAAAGAGCUUCACCCGAUCAGCCAUGUUGAGGCGACACAGAAAUAUGCACUGCAAGGGACCCUCUGUCGAUAACUUGGCAACAGUGAGUCCUGAGCGACCACAAAAUACGGACGGAGCCACUUCAGUUUCCAAACCCGACCGCCACAAUAGAGCAGCAGUGGUCACACAGGAGCCGCACUUCUCUAUCAUGAUGCCAAAUCAGGCGUUAGAGAAACCCUCAUCACCUUCUUCCUCACCCCCAUUGGCAGCUCCACACAUACAAACUCCACGCUCCAGCGCGCACCUCAGCCCAGCAUCCAACCCUCUUCCUGAGCUUCGCUCACUGGUUCCCCAUCACCUUCUGUCAUCUAACCCCCAGGAGAGAAGUUCAGCUCUUCCUGGCACAGACCGCAUAAAACUUGUCAAACAUCACGGGCCUCAAGAGGCUCUGUAUGUUCCCUAUGUGGAAAAUGGUAGUAUGUCUUUAGACAAAGACGCACCGGGGAAACCGUACCUGCCUCCUGCAGACACUAGCUCCAACUCCAGCAGGCAGUAUAGAUCAGGUGAAGGACAGUUUAUCUCUAGUGUAACUCUGUGGGGUCUGGCUAUGAAAACCCUGCAGAAUGAUAAUGAAAUGGAGCAGUAAAAUGCAAAGUUCAUAGAAUUAAUAAAUUAAUGGAAUUAUUGCUUUAAAAAAACAAUUUACAGAUAAUCUUUUUAAUUCCACAUUUUAGAAUGGUUGCUUUUGUUGAGGUGAGAUAAAAAAAAAGUCAUUUAAUUGUAAAAAAAAAAAUGCUUACUGAUUUCACAAGUACAGUUACUAAUUUUUCUUUCUGUUAAAAUUGCAGCCAGUUUUUUUCCAUAUCAACUGUUUGACAGAUUUUAUCUGAAGACAGUCACCUGCUGAGGUGUGAUCCUCAGGGAAGAAUGUUUCUUCAGCUGCUUGUUGAGCAUAUUUUUAUUGGGCUUAUUCUCUUACAUAUGUGUUCAAAAAGUUUUUACAUCCUUGGUCAUUUAUUUUAAAUGUUAGAAAAGUGUAUUAUUCAAAAAAUGAAGAAAUCUCCUAUUUAUUUUGAGAUUAAAAACAACUUUCUAAUACAUUUUUUUUCAGUGUCAGCUUUACUUUUUCUGCUUCGAAUGUAAUUGGUUGAUUUAGUUAAUGCUAUGCGGUCAAACAUCCUACAGAGGGAGCUAGAUUAGAGAUAACGUCCAGCUUCUUUCCACAGUCUGGAAGCGUCAAUCCAUCCUUAAAACUAGUUAUUUUAAGGCAUCUGAAAAUAAAAAAAUGAUUGUGAAUGGA